AUGGCGGCGGCCGGAGGGCCGGAGCCGCCCGAGGGGGUCUCGGUCGCGGAACCCGCGGCCCCGCCGGCCUGCCGCUUCUUCCUGGAGGGCCGCUGCCGCUUCGGCGCCCGCUGCCGCCAGCCCCACCCCGGGGCGCCGGCGCCGCCGCAGCCUAGAGGCGAGGCCGAAGACCAGGCCAAAGCCAAGAAGCCGCCGCUGCGUACGGCUGACGCCGUCAUCCAGCGCAUCCGCUGGGACCCGCGCCUCGACCCGGCCGACUUCUCUGUGGGCUAUGUCGACCGCUUCUUGGGCGUGCGCGAGGAGCCCUUCCUUUCCUUCUGCUGGGACGAGCCGCUAGCGGCGCUUGCGCCGGGCGUUUUGGCCGUGCCGCAGCACCGGGUGCGCUACUUCCGCUUCCGCGGCCGCCUGGUGUGGGACCGCGCCUCGCGCACCGACCUCGUCUUUGGCUCCGGCUUGGCGGCCGGCCGUGGGCCCACCAUCCUGGACGCGCUCGACGGCGAGGACGCGCACGGAGCCGGAGGUGAGAGCGGCGGCGUGAACGCGCACCGGCCCGGGGACGUGCACGACGGUGGAGACCGGAGCGGGGACGCGCACGGGAACGGCGAUACGAGUGACGGCGAGGAUGCCAACUCAGUCGGAGAUGCGCUCGGCGGUGAGGAUACGGACGGGACCGGAGGCGCACUGGACAGCGUAGCUGCCACCCGCCUUGGCACGGAUUCGGGGGACCCCGUACAGCCAGCCCAGACCCGACUCCGGGCAGCCUUGGCCUCGGACGGGGGAAGCCCCGAAGCUGGGCGCCUGACGCUGGCAGGCGCAUUAGCGAGGACCCAGGAGUGGGAGUCGGCCGACCCUGGAGGCCAAGCUUCCCCGUGGAUGGCGCCAGGAAAGGCGCUGCAGCCAGCUGCCCCCGCUGCCGCUAGGGCCAUGGAGACCCGUGGCAGGAAGCCCUCGGACAGCCUCUGUGAGACGGGAAUGGAGUGGGGUCCCGGGAUCUGGCCUGUGGACCGAGGAGCGGCCGGGGCCGUGGGCCCUCGCCAGCCCCGCCCCACGCACUUCGUGGCGCUCAUGGUGACGGAGCCUGAGCUGCGGGCCAAGGUCCAGGAAGACUUGGUACGAGACGCACCAGCUUGCGCGGCCUUCACGGUGCCGGCAGAAGCCCUCCACCUGACCCUAGCCCUGCUGAGGCUGGCGGGCCCCGGGGAGGCGGCGGCGGCUGUCACCGCGCUCAGACGCGCGCUCUCGGACCCCGGGCUUGAGGUCCCUCUGAGGCUGAGGUUCGGUCGCCUGGUACGCCUGGGCUCCCACGUGCUCUGUGCUCCCCCGUCCCCACCCUUGGAGAGCCUGGCCCAGAGGCUGAGCCAGAGGCUGGAGACCGAGGGGCUGAGAGUGCUGCAGCCUCUCGGGGGGAUACGCCCCCACCUCACCCUGGCCAAGGUGCCCCAGGGCGCCCAAGUCUGCCUCCCCGAGGUCAGCCCGCGGCAGGAGCUGGGGAGCCAGCCCCUGGGGACACUCUGGCUGUGCCGCGUGGGCAGGGCCGGGGGCACCUACCAGGCGGUGGCCGAGCUCCCCCUGGGAGGUCAACCCCCAAAAUAAGGGCCGGGCCCCAGACAAGGACAAAGCGCGCACGCGGCUUCUCUCUCUCUCUUUAAUUUUGGUUUCUCUCAAGCUUCCAAGUGGUGCUCAGUGCUCCAAGGAAAGAAUGAAGGAAGGAAAGGGGAGGGGAGAAGGGGGAGAGGGGAGGCAGAGGAGGACAUCUGAAGAGAAGCAGCCUGACAGUCCAGCUGUUUGCAACUCAUCGCACCCUCCAGUUACAUGGCAGAAGAGGGAGGGAGACGGAAAAGAAAAGGGGAGGAAGAAAAAUAACUUAAAUAAACACACACAAAAAGAAAAGAGAAGGAAACAUGACGUGAGCU